AUGUCUGGAACAUGUUUACGUCUCGGACAUCGAAGAAGUCAUUCGUCUGAAAGCGAUCCAGGUGUUUUUAUAAGUCAGCUAAGAGUUAAAUCAGCUUUAUUAUGGGUUAAAGUCGCACUCAAUCAAUCAAUUGUCAAUCAUCAUUUGAUUAUUGGAAAUAAAAAUAUGACCUUAUGGGUAUUCAAAUUUAAACCGUCCGUGGCCAAUACUUCCUUUUUAAGUGGUAAGGUAUGUCAACUUAUCAUUUAA